AUGGAUGGACAUUCUUCUUCAGUUCAAGAGCUCUGUAUUUCUUCUGAUGGUCUCCAAUUGGUCACAGGAUCUAAAGAAGAAAUAAUUAGAUGGGACUUGAUAUAUUAAUAAAGGGUAAAAGACAUCCAUCCACGUUUGCUUCUCCCCCAAUAGCCACAAUUUUAUUGCUCUAACUAAAUAAUUAAUUCAUAUUUGGAAAUUCAAUACAAAAUAUAUUAUAGAAUUUCACAAAAUAUAUUGGUGUGA